CGAGAGGUUUCACUCUUGCCAAAAUCAGUCCAAAAUAAGCCCAAUAAGUUUCGAUGGGUUUAUUUUGGACCAAAGCUUGUCGCCUGCCUUCCCGCCUUUGGGACAACGACUCCCAUUGUUAGGGCGGAGACAUGAGCAUCUCGCCAUUAUAUAUUUUUCUAAGUUAACGGGGAACGACCCUGAGAUUCAACUUUCAUAGGAUGACAGCUGAUUCCAAGACUAUGACACAAGUGUUGGCAAGCGACUUUUUUUGUAAUGUGUCUAACCAAUGAGCUUUGGAAGUGAUUUGUAGACCGUGAACGUGUCUGUUUUGUAAAGAACAUUUUAUCUUAGUUGCAGUAGGCGGUGGAUGUGGCCGCAGCAUUUAUUGCCUGAGUAUCAACGAAAGACAGCAACACGGACCGAAAGUUCGAUAACUUGCCAGACUGAAAUAUAAAGACUUGAUUUGACCACUUCGGUAACUUCAUCACGGAUGCUACAGGCGAUGAGUGAUGGAGCCGGGUUCGGUGGUCCGUGCCGUGUUUGAGUUCCUGCCCAGCGUCUCUGAGGAACUGCCCCUCUUCACUGGCGAUGUCAUCGAGGUGCUCAACGUGGUGGAUGAGUUCUGGUUGCUCGGAAACAAGGAUGGAGUCACAGGCCAGUUUCCCAGCACUUUUGUGGAAGCAGUCACCAUCCCCAGCACCAAACCAGAGGAUAAACUGUAUGUGUGUAUCAAUGACUUCAGUACUGCAAAGCCAGGGAGCCUACCCCUGCAGAGAGGUGACGUGGUGGCAGCCGAGAGCAGCGUGGACCCAGGGACGACCUGGCAGAGGGGGCGUAAUGCCUGGGGCACUCGUGGCCUCUUCCCUGUGUCCUGCGUGAAAGAGCUCCACCUGUCGGGUCACUCCAGGCAGCUGUCAGAGCGCAGCGCCCAGGCCCAGGCUUCCGAGCUCCCCCCAUAUGCCUUCGGCCAGGCCAGGGCACUCAUGGGCCUCCAUGCACAGCUCCAUGAGGAGUUAGACUUCUGCAAGGGGGACCUUAUCACCAUCAUCGGCCUACCCGAGCCUGGUUGGUUCCAGGGAGAGCUGGUCGGACGCAGGGGAGUGUUUCCUGAAGGAUUCGUGGAGCUUCUGGGGCCCCUGAGGUCCCCACAUGAUACAGAGGUUGACCCCAUGAGCUACAAGACUGAACCUUUGACCUAUGAGCCCUACAGUAGUGGGAAAGUGAUUGAGGAGGUGUUUUCCAGGGAGGAUGAAGAAGAGGAGGAGGAUGGGGUGUAUGGGGUAGCACUGCACGACUUUCGGGCCAUGGAGCCAGGAGAGUUGGAAUUUGACGUGGGGGACCGUAUCCGGGUGGUGAACACCCUGGAGGACGGUUGGUUGUCGGGCGAGCUGAGAGGGCGAUGUGGGGUCUUUCCUCAUCGCUUUGUCAAGAUUGAGGAUUAUGGGCAAAGCAUGAGGGAAGACAUGGAAGCUGUAAAAAUGGAAGAGCUAGAGGAGUAUAGCAGCUACACCUUGGACUGCAGCUCCGGGCAACAGGACCAUAGCCAGACAAAGUACGGUUCUGAGUGGAGACCCCAAGAGGACCACACUGUGUGGGACCUGGAUUACUUUGAUAGGGUGGAAGAAAGGAUGUGGCAGGGGGACUCUGUCAGCGAGAGUCUUUCCCAGGAGACUGCAGAGGACCAGACCCAGGACAGGGGGGAGAGAAGAGAUGGGGCUAAAGCGCAACCUGACAGGCCUCCAGCCCCCCAUGGGCCCCAGAGACCCAGCUCUGUCCCUCAGGCAAGGCCCAGGCUUCUCCCUCGACCUAAUGUGCCAUCUCUGGGCCACAGGCAUCACAUCAGCCCUAACGCCACCAAUAAUGGUAGUAGGACUAGCCACCCUGAUACGACCCUACCACCACUACUCAACAGAGCCCUUAGCCUAGCUACACCUAGCACCCAGUCAGCCUGGUCCAAAGGUAACGGCCACUACCUCGGAGCACUAGAGGGCGCCACCAAUGGCAAAGGUCCUAGUCUGGGCAAGGAAUUGUUAAGUCUAGUGGUGGAGGGCCACAGGCAGAAAAAGCUGACCCGCCACUCCAGCGUCAAUGAUGCAGACUUGCUACUUGGUUGCCGUGGUGAGCGUAGGGCGCUGUCCCAGCGGAAGGGACAAUGCUCCAAUGGUCUCCUGCCCGCUUCCCUCACCUUGGAUUCCCUGGCAACAUCAGUCGGUGACCUGGAGACCAAGUUAUCCCAGCAGCUCUUGCAGUUUGAAAGGAGCCUGCCGGGGCACGGAGGGGUCGAUUUUGUCGGGGCUGCUGCUGGGGAUGUUGUUGGGGCUACUGCCGAGGACAAUGGAAGCCGACAAUCCAACAUCUCCCGUCACUUUUCCAUAAUGGACUUCAGUAGCGAGAGCGACAUCAUGCGAGGCUCCUCUCACUCCCAACUGACCCUCCUCCAACCCUCUUCCUCAUCGUCCUCCCUGGAGAGGUGCAAAACCCUUCGCCCCCCUCCCCCUCGUCCAAGAAUCCUCCACCCCCCAGUUCGAGCUCCCUACAAACCGGCACGCCCUGCGCCUCGCCCACCCUGUCCCCGGCAACCAUCUCCUCCCCUUAAUAACCUCCAGCCCUUUGGACCCCUCUUCUACACCUGCGAGGAGGGGGAGGGGUAUGUGACACAGACUGAGAGUAGAGAAGAAUCUGAACCUGCCUUCGGUGACCUGGCUCUGGAGCAAGAGAAGGAGAUGGAGCAGCACCUUGAGAUGGACAGGGAUAUCAAGAUUGAGAGGCAAAGAGAGAUGCAGCAAAAGGAGGAGUACAGGCUGCUGCUGCGGCUGCAGGAGGUGGAGAAGGACAUGGAGGCGUACGCCCACACAGCCUCAGAGCUGAGGACCCUGCUGGAGGAAGAGGAGGAGGAGGAGGAGGAGGAGGACGAGACGUCCUGUCUGCAGACCCUGGAGAACCUGGAAUUCUGCACUUACACCCUGUCGACUCUGGCCCUUGAACAGCAGCAUCUACAGCAGCAGCUACAAGAGAUGACCCUCCUGUCGACCCAGCCCAAGUGCCUGGAGUCAGCCCCGGUCUCUGCAGUGGUGGCCAUCGAGGAUCCCGAGCAGAGGAUGCUGGAGAAAAGGUCAAAGGUCAUAGAAGAGCUGCUGCAGACAGAGAAGGACUACAUCAAGGACCUGCAGAUGUGUGUCAAGGAGAUUAUCCAACCACUCCAACGCAAACAGGUGCAGAACAUUGACUAUGACGGUCUCUUUGGCAACAUCAACUCUGUGAUCAACCUCUCGCGUCGUCUCUUCAAGACCCUCCAGGACACUGACUCCAUUGGAAACGUGUUCCUGGACUUUAAGGUAGAGCUCGAGGAGGUGUACAAGAUCUACUGUCAGAACCACGAUGACGCCAUUUCUCUCCUGGAAAUGUACGAGAAGGACGAGAGCAUCCAGAGACACGUGCUGGAGUGCCUGGAGAAACUCAGGGCGGUGUAUCGCGACUGGGGGAAGACCAACUACAUCAACCUGGGUUCAUUCCUGAUCAAGCCGGUGCAGAGGGUGAUGCGGUACCCACUGCUACUAAUGGAGCUGCUGAGUGCCACGCCCGAGUCUCACCACGACAGGCCCCUACUGGCCCAGGCACUGCUGUCCAUCAAAGAGAUCAAUGUCAACAUAAAUGAAUACAAGAGGAGGAAGGACCUGGUGCUCAAGUACAGGAAAGGGGACGAGGACACCCUCAUUGACAAGAUCUCCAAGCUGAGCAUGCACUCCAUCAUUAAGAAGUCCAACCGCGUGAGCAGCCACCUCAAACAUCUCACCGGGAUCUCCCCCCAGAUCAAAGAUGAGGCGUUUGAUGAGGCAGAGAAGAGGUUCCGACUCCAGGAGAGACUCAUCAAGUCCUUCAUCAGGGACAUCUCUCUGUACCUGCAGCAUAUUCGGGAAUCGGCCUCAGUGAAGGUGCUGGCUGCUAUCAGUUUCUGUGACAUCUACACAGACCGGAGCCAGCUGGACCCUGAACGAUUCCAGAGAGCCCACCGUUCCAUUAGCGACAAGCAGUUCCCCCACUUUAAGGAGCGAGCGGAAGCCUUGGUCAUUUUCCCUCUCACCCAGCUUCUGCUCAUGUUUGCCGGGCCCCACAAGCUCAUUCAGAAGCGCUUUGACAAGCUGCUGGACUACGACAACUGCAAGGAGCGUGCUGAGCGCCUCAAAGACCGCCGCGUCCAGGACGAGCUGCAGGCUGCACGCAACAACUACGAGGCGCUCAAUGCCCAGCUGUUGGACGAGCUGCCCAAGUUUCAUCGUGCCGCUGAAGACCUGUUUACUGGCUGUGUGAGAGCCUUUGCACAGGCCCAGAGAGAUUUUACCAAGCUAACGCUAGGGCAGCUGCAGCCUUUGGUACAGUUAUCAUGCAUUGGGGGCAAUGAGGGGAACCUGAUAUCAUUGUUCCAAGAAGAGUAUGGUAGAGUCCUCCAGCUUCUACAGCGCUUCAGCUUCUGCCAAGAGAGCCUGCCACCCUCCACCUCCACACGCAAGCCUCUUGACAAGAAGACCCUGGAGAAACAGACCUCCAAGAAGCAGUUGCAGGGACCGCCUAACUCCAUCCUGCAGACAGAUGAGCAGAGAGCGGGACUGUUGGCCCGGUAUGGCCCAGAGAAACUCUUCCAGGCAGAGAGGAACUUUAACGCGGCCCAGGAGUUGGACGUGUCCAUAUUAGUGGGAGACAUGGUGGGCGUCAUCAAACAACAGGACCCCAUGGGCAGCAACAACCGCUGGCUCAUCGAUAACGGGGUCUCCAAGGGCUUUGUGUACAGCUCCUUCCUGAAACCCUACAACCAACGCAGGAGCCAAUCGGAUGUCUCCAUUGAGAGCCAGUCCUCCAAUGAGUCAGGCUAUGGUGGCUCAUCCCCUGUGUUCUCCCGCCAGAACAGUAACAGCACGCUGACCUUCAACCAGGAAACGUCAGCCGUCAGCUUCUCCACUGCUCCUCACACAAGCCACUCCUCACCCCGCCCCAACCUUGACCUAAACCAGGACCCCACCCUCUCCCGCAGAACCCACCACAGAGACACUCCCUCGCCAAACCGCAAUCCUGCAGACUCCCCCAGAAAUCCCUCCAAUCACCGGGACCUGUUGGACCCAGCGCUCCGAAACUCCCCCAAUCACAGAGACAUUACAGACCCCACCUACCGACAGUCCUCUAAUCACAGGGACUCGUUCGACUCAAGUAAAACAACAACAACCAAUCACAAGGAGCUGUCUGACUCUUCGGAGACAGAAUCUUGUUCUUCGCACAGAAACAACCGUUUGGGUCUAUCUCAGAGAUCUGGCCCAACUGAGGCGGCCCUUGGCUCGUACCAACGGAAUGGAGACUUUGGUGGUCAGAGGAGGUCCCCAUACUCAAGAGAUGAGUUCACUGACCCAGAGGUGGAGCCCAAACCUGAGCUAGAGUCAGAGCUCGAUGGGCAUCAGAUUUACUAUGCCAUCUACUCAUUCACUGCCCGCUGUGCUAACGAGCUGAGCAUCUCGGCCAAUCAGCGUGUACGCAUCCUGGAGUUCCAGGACAUGAACGGCAACAGCGAGUGGUGGCUCGGUGAGGCGGGGGGCAGGCGAGGCUACAUCCCCUCCAACUAUAUUCGCAAGUCUGAGUACACCUGAAAAAUUCCCCUGGGGGAAGGUGCCUCCUAACCCCCAAAGUCAGAGCCCCCACACUAGAAUGAGCUCACCCCGUGAUAGCAGACUGCUCUCCAGACUCCAAACAACAACAAACAUACAAACAAACACUUAAACAAAUGACCAAACCAUCAACAGGAUAUCUGGUGCCUUAAUAUUGAAGGGGAUCUGUGGUUGAGGUUUUAUUUUGGGGGGGGGGUGCUCUACCGUGCUGCUGAUCCACUUCUUUGAAAGUUGUUAAAUGACUAUACUGUAUUUAUAGACUUUUUUCAUUUUUGUUACUACUUGGGAGUGUCUCUUCUCUUUUUCCCUCAUAUGCUGUGAUACACUUGUGAGUUGCCCAGUCUCAGAACCAAAUACACUGGGUCUAUAGAGUUGGUUAUAUGUUAGAUAACCUCAUUGGGGAAGCUUAUUGGGCUGUGAGUUAGGAAUUUGAAGGGGUUUGGUUCAGACUUCAAAACUCAAAUAUCCUGAGGCCUAAACUCAGACAACAGACUUCCAGUAUAACAUUUCAAUUGUGUGUAUGUAAUUUAGAGCAUUACCCUACAAAGUGAACAGUGAGACGAGGAUGAUAAUGAUUUUGUGCAGUAUAUAAUCUACUUGUGAGACACUGGUGCUACAUUCCAAUUCUCUACCCUUCUCCCGAAGUGUACACCCUUUCACUCCCCCUCGUGAAUUUAAAAGGAAUGGACUGGUGUGAGGAAUAUGUUGGUGGAAACUCUCCAGCUGUGUUUGCACCAAUCCAAUGCUUUUAAAUGAAUGGGGGGUGAACAAGUGCACACUUCUGGAGAAGGGUAGCGAAUCGGAACCCAGCCCAGGUUAAAAAACGCCGGUAUUGUGAGUAUGAAGUGGCCUUGAGAAGCAGGUUGGGUUUAGAGCAGUAGAGGCUGCUGAGGGGAGGAUGAAUCAUAAUAAUGUCUGGAAUGGAACAAAUGGAAUGGCAUCAAACACAUGGAAACUCCACUUAUUCCACUUCAGCCAUUACCACGAGCCCGUCCACCCCAAUUAAGGGUGCCACCAACCUCCUGUGUUUUAGAGCAUUGAACACUAUUGUGGGUUGAUCAAAAGGUAAUAUCUACUGUAAGUGUAGAUUCCAACCUAAAGCCCAUAAAAAAUGUAAAUAAUCACAAACAUGCUCUUAUUUAAAUUUCAAAAAUCAAAAGAACAUACGAGGAUUGCAAGCACUCCUUUAAAAUGAUCUGUUUGUAGUUUGAAUCUGAAUGCAAUGGUUCUGUAGCUCCAUUCAACUGGGUUUGACAGAGUUUUUAAAAGGUUUUCCUAUAGUGUGGGUGGGAGUUUAACCAAUAGAGACAAAGACGAUCUGUCUCUGAUUGGUCUCUAGCUCUCCUCAUACAUAUACGGUACCAGUCAAACGUUUGUUCACACCAACUCAUUCAAGGGUUUUUCUUUAUUUUACCAUUUUCUUCAUUGUAGAAUAAUAGUGAAUACAUCAUCUAUGAAAUAACACAUAUGGAAUCAUGUAGUAACCAAAAAAGUGUUAAAUAAAUCUAAAUAUAUUUUAUAUUUGAGAUUUUUCAAAGUAGCCACCCUUUGCCUUCAUGACAGCUUUGCACACUCUUGGUACUCUCAACCAGACUCAUGAGGUAGUUAACAGGUGUGCCUUUUUCAAAGUACAUUUGGGGAAUCUUUUACCCUACUUAAUGCAUUUGAGCCAAUCAGUUGUGACAAGAUAGGGGGGUGGUAUACAGUAGAUAGCCCUAUUAAAAUACCAAGUCCAUAUUAUGGCAAGAACAGCUCAAAUAAACAAAGAGAAACGACGGUCCAUCAUUGCUUUAAGACAAUAGGAAAAUUGUGCAGUCGCAAAAACCAUCAAGUGCUAUGAUGAAACUGGCUCUCAUGAGGACCGCCACAGGAAAGGAAGACCCAGAGUUACCUCUGCUGCAUAAGUUCAAUAGAGUUACUGCGUGAAUCAGGCCUUCAUGAUCGAAUUGCUGAAAAGAAACCACUACUAAAGGACACCAAUAAGAAGAAGAGACUUGCUUGGGCCAAAAAACAUGAGCAAUGGACAUUGGACCGGUGGAAAUCUGUCCUUUGGUCUGAUGAGUCCAAAUGAGAGAUUUUUGGUUCCAACCGCCAUGUCUUUGUGAGAUGCAGAGUAGGUAAACGGAUGAUCUCCGUGUGUGUGGUUCCCACUGUGAAGCAUGAAGGAGGAGGUGCGGGGGUGCUUUGCUGGUGACAUGGGUCAUAGAAUAGAAUUCAAGGCACACUUAACCAGCAUGGCGACCGCAGCAUUCUGCAGCCAUACGCCAUCCCAUCUGGUUUGCGCUUAGUGGGACUAUCAUUUGUUUUUCAACAGGACAAUGGCUCAACAUACCUCCAGGCUGUGUAAGGGCUAUUUGACCAAGAAGGAGAGUGAUGGAGUGCUGCAUCAGAUGACCUGGCCUCCACAAUCAACCCAAUUGAGAAGGUUUUGGAUGAUUUGGAUCGCAGAGUGAAGGAAAAGCAGUCAGCAAGUGCUCAAGCAUAUGUGGGAACUCCUUCAAGACUGUUGGAAACGCUUUCCAGGUUAAGCUAGUUACGAGAAUGCCAUGAGUGUGCAAAGCUGUCAAGGCAAAGGGUGGCUACUUUGAAGAAUCUAAAAUAUAUUUUUAUUUCUUUAACUUUUUUGGUUACUACUUCAUAGUUUUGAUGUCUUCACUAUUAUUCUACAAAUGUAGAAAAUAGUAAAAAUGAAAGAAAAACCCUUGAAUGAGUAGGUGUGUCAACUUUUGACUGGUACUGUAUAUCAUGCUGUAUAUUGAGAAUGUAUUACUUACUGCACUCCAUUGUCAAGUGAUGUUUUCAUUUGAAUAAAAAAGAAAAUCAGCUUAGCUGAAAAAUAUC